UCCGGAGGAGUCAACUACAGUACAUAACUUUCCGAUAAUUCUCACUUCUUCACCGGAAACCUCACAAAAUUUUGUCGAAUUUUUGCUCUGCGGAAACGCACGAGAAUUUUGGAUAGCGAACCUACCAGAAGAAAGGAGGGAAGAGAAUUAAUGGGUCGGAAGAGAGACAGAGCGUAUCAGUCUCGCCAUGUUCCUAACUCUUUCCCUAAGCGCCGCCGUCCUCUGCCGCCGCCGGUCGAUGCGGACAACGCCGUGGCAGCGAAUGAUGAUCUGUUGCCGGAAAAUUCUACGGGGUCUGCUAAACUACCCACGACGGUGGUCGUUAUUGGGCUCACGGCGGAGUGUUCGGUGUUAGACCUGAAGUCUCGGUUCGAGAUCUACGGCGCAAUCUCUCGCACCCGCAUGGACCCCGGUGGGCUCGCCCACAUCACCUUCCGGUCCAGAGAAUCGGCGGUGUCCGCCGUGUCCGCCGCCGCUGACGCCGCUUUCCCAAUUACCCUACAUUCCGAACCAGUUCAAGUAAUGUGGGCAAGUGAUCCGGUGCCACAGUGGAAGGAAGGGGUGGCUAAGAACGAAGGAGCGAUGGGAGUUUCUUCGAAGCUAGUUAGAGCAGAGGUGCCUCUCAGUAGGCAUGGGAGAGGUAACAAGCUGGGAUCUGCAAUUGUGAACUCCAAAAACAAGCAUAAUGUUGAUGCAAAUAGUAGUGUUCAGAAACCGGGUGGGAUUGCUUCUAGGUUGGGGGUGCCUUUUAACUGUUUUAAGGGCAGGGAGAUCGUUGCUUACGAUGAUAUUCUUUGAUUUAGCUGGUACGGGUUUGCCAUUGUUGUAAAACUAUGUUUGCUGUUCUCGAGAUUAUAGUUAGAUUGUCUCAGUAUAGUUAUGUGGUUUCCGACAUUAAAUUAUGGGUUUAUGUAUGAUGUUUCAGGUAAGUUCUUGUCCUUUUAUUUACGUUUUACGUGGAUUGAAGCUAUAAUUGUAUUAUUAUGAUCAUAACUUGUUGAAAUUGCACUUCCCCGAUCUAUGACUUAGCUGAGAUUAAUGCAUUGCAUAUAGUUUGAGGUUG